AUGGGUCUGACAAAGGAUGUAUUCAACGCUCGGAAGAGAUCCUUGUCCAAGUUGCUGAACAAGGACGAUUGCCAGUAUGGCGUCUGCGGCCCUCGUUGUCCUGGUGGUACGUCUCCAGUUAUGUCCACUCCUAAAUCUCUCCUUGAGAAGUUGGAAGGGUUUGAUGCUGGAGGCUUUGACCCCAGAGACUUUGACCCCAGAGGCUUUGACUCCAGAGGCUUUGACUCCAGAGGCUUUGACUCCAGAGGCUUUGACUCCAGAGGCUUUGACUCCAGAGGCUUUGACUCGAGAGGUUUUGACUUUAGAGGCUUUGACUCCAGAGGCUUUGACCCCAGAGGCUUUGACCCCAGAGGCUUUGACCCCAGAGACUUUGACCCCAGAGGCUUUGACUCGAGAGGUUUUGACUCCAAAGGCUUUGACUCCAGAGGCUUUGACCCCAGAGGCUUUGACCCCAGAGGCUUUGACCACCAGAGGCUUUGA